AUUUAAACCGGUGUAAGCGGAUGUGUUGGGCCUUUUCCGCCAUUAUUACACAUUACCCUGCGUGCACUACGUUUCGCGUCUCAAAGAAGGCUUAAAAAUGCGUUACGUGGCCGCAUAUUUGCUUGCGACCCUCGGGGGUAAUGCCAGUCCAUCUAACAAAGACAUCGAGAAGAUUCUAGGGAGCGUGGGAAUUGAUGUGGAAGCUGACAAGGUUAAGAAGGUGAUCGACGAGUUGAAGGGAAAGUCCAUUGAACAAGUCAUUGCUGAAGGCGAGAAAAAGUUGGCUUCUGUGCCAUCAGGAGGUGCUGUAGCUGCAGGAGGUGCCGCCCCAGCUGCAGGUGGUGGUGGAGGUGCCGCACCAGAAGCCAAGAAAGAAGAGAAGAAGGAAGAGCCUGAAGAGGAGUCUGAUGACGACAUGGGAUUCGGGCUGUUUGACUAACCUCUCUCAGCUCCUCUUUUGUUAAACAGGAUGAUUAAACAAGUCAAAUUCUGAACUCUGCUGAAAA